CCAAGACAAUAUUCAGUGGAACAAAGGAAAUAGACCAAGGUUAAUUCCAGUAUGGUGUAGUAAGUUAUUGUAAUAUGUUAACUCAGAAGUGGUAAACCUGAUAUUAGAGCCCUCUGACUUUUUAUUAACUGAGAAUAAAGCCACAAUGCUCUACUAUUAGUAGGUUUACUGCUUGCUUCACGUUAGCUUACAAGUAUCAGCCAUUUUCUUGGACCACUCCCUGAAGGUGAGACAUGGUCUCCAUAAACAUCAAGUGUACCUGCCUAUAGAUAAACACACAAUAGAUAGGUCUCGAUGUACUGAUGUCGAUGGUGGCAGAAAUAAAUGUAACCGACUGAAAACGACGGAUCCUCGCCACACCACGUAUGUGAGCAGAAUUAAAUUGUGUUGCUGCAAUAAAGUUUUCCAGGUGACUGAUUUCGCCAGCAACCGCCGCCAGAUGGCGAUAGAUUCAUCCAAUCCAUACAGACAACCUAAAAUAGAACAUCUGGGCUUCCAUUAUAGGUAGACCAUGUCCACGGACGGUCACAUGGUUAUAGAAAUUAUUAAGUGUGCGUGACAGUUGUGUUAUGUGUGCUACUUAGUGGACUAGAGAUAAAAUCUAGUUAAGUACAUUUCGAAUCUGUUACGUCGUACAACAUCACGAGUGUGCUGAUGAAACCUGUGCGCACUAGGCUAAAAAGGCAUAAUUGAAAAUACAAGUCGUUUAAACCCCAGAAGAUGCCUGCAUGCUUCCUGGCAAAGCUUCAGUGGCUACAAUGUUGCUAAACUACCGAGAGUGCUUUGAACAUCUGCUUUGCGCUCCCCUCUGAUCAAAGCAUGCAUUGCAAGUUUGAGGUGACAGUGACGGUGUACUGGGCGGCUAAACCGGCUCGCUAACACGUCUGGCUCAUGAGGUUGAAGAGGAUGGACACUGCAGACUCGGUCUCAGGAUUUUGACCACUUCAAUAGUACGUGGCUGGAGUUUGUUAAAAGCUGAUUUGCUGAAGCUAUUGUCCAAUCAGAACGUAUGCACAGCAUCACCCAUCUGAACAGACAGAUUACUCUGAGUGGUGAGAGCCACUGCAGGUCUUCAGGGAGGGGCAGACCAUGGCCCUGACUGAAGGGACCAGCGAUCUCCAUCCUCUCAGCACCACCACCUCCAGCAGCAGCAACAACACUAGCAGUCCUGCUCCGCCCACCUCUUCACCCAACACAGCAGCCCCCAACUCAGCCAACACCACCAAUGCAUCCAGCCCCAGCAUCACCAGCACCAACACCCACAGACCAACACUCACCGCCAACCCCGACGCUGCUGCUUCAGUGCUGAGCACAGACGUUAACCAUGAGGGGGAGGAAGAUGAGGAGGAGGAGGAUGGAGACGACGAGCAAGAGCGGAGUAGUGGAGCUUUAACAGUGCACCUCACAGCAGCAGCAGUUGCGUCUCCCAAAAAAGGCAAAGACGCUGCGUCACAGCCACAGCCUGUGAUCGCCGUGACCCAGAAUGGCAGCAUGAAGCCGGUCAACAAUGGCACCCCGAUCAGGCCUCCUCCUAACGCCUCCUCCUCCACCUCUUCCUCCUCCUCCUCGCUGGCCUCCUCCUCCAACGCCACUACCCAGCGCCUCCUCUCCUCCCCGACGCUCACCACCACCCCGCCCCCACCGCCCUGCUGCCUGCGCUGCCCCUUCCACCCGCCGCCCGCUCUCUGUUGCCAUGCCAGCCAGCAGGAGUGUCACCUGUUCCAGAGUCACCAUGUGGCAGCGGCAGCAGCUGCGGCACAUGCGGCCGCUCACACAGGAGGGCUGCGUGGGGCGGGAGGGGCGCCGGCGUGCUGCAUUCAGGGGGCCCACGGGUUCUGCAUGCAGCAACGCUGGCAGGAGCACUACCAGAACCAGCCCAACAUGCCCAUGGGCCUCAGCCCUUCCAGGCCGCUUCGCUUCCCCAAAAGCUAUGCAGAGCUGAUAGCUGAUUGGCCAGUGGUGGUUCUGGGCGUGUGCACGGUUCUCAUCGUGAUCUGCGCCCUCGUCAGCAUGCUGGUACCGGAACCACCGGACUUCUCCGACCCGCUACUCGGCUUUGAGCCGAGGGACACCACCAUCGGGCAGCGCCUGGUGACGUGGAAUAACAUGGUGAAGAACACCGGCUACAAAGCCACGCUGGCCAACUACCCCUUCAAGUACGCCGACGAGCAGGCCAAGAGCCACCAAGAGGACAGAUGGGGAGAGGACACGUACGAGCGUGACAAAAGACACGCGGAGUGGGACUUCAGCAAGGACAACUUCUUCUGUGAUGUACCAGGUGACCGGUAUUCCAGGAUGGUGUUCGCCUCAGCGGAAGGAAAGAACCUCUGGAACAUACAAGCAAUCAAGUCUAUGUGCCACCUGGAUAAUACACGGGUGCGGUCCCACCAUGAGUACUGGAGCCUGUGCCAGCGCACCAAUGCGGCGUCCUGCUGCCCCAGCUGGACACUGGGCAACUACGUGGCCGUGCUCACCAACAAGUCCUCCUGCCAGAAGAUCACGGAGCGCGACGUCUCGCACACGCUCAAGAUCCUGCGCUCCUGCGCCAAGUUCUACCACAACGGCACGCUGGGGGCCGAGUGCUGGGACAUGACGACGCGCCGCAAGGACCAGCUCAAGUGCGGCAACGUGCCGCGUAAGUGCACCAAGUACAACGCCGUCUACCAGAUCCUGCACUUCCUGGUGGACAAGGACUUCCUCAACCCCAAGAGUGCCACGGAAUACCAGCCGCUACCGGUGCUCAAGUACAGCAUGCUGAUCUCCCCCACGGAGAAAGGAGAGACUAUGAUGAACAUCUACCUGGACAACUUUGAGAACUGGAACGCUUCGGACGGUGUCACGACUGUCACCGGUAUCGAGUUUGGCAUCAAGCACAGCCUGUUCCAGGACUACCUCCUGACCGACACGGUGUACCCGGCCAUCGCUAUCGCCAUCGUGUUGGUGGUCAUGUGCCUGUACACACGCUCGGUCUUCAUCACGCUCAUGACCAUGAUCGCCAUCAUCAGCUCUCUCAUUGUCUCCUACUUCCUGUACCGUGUGGUCUUCAGCUUCGAGUUCUUCCCCUUCAUGAACCUGACGGCGCUCAUCAUCCUGGUGGGGAUAGGCGCUGAUGACGCCUUCGUGCUGUGCGACGUGUGGAACUACACCAAGUUCGACCGGCCCAACGCUGAACUGUCGGAGACAGUGGGUGUGACGCUGCAGCAUGCCGCCCUCUCCAUGUUCGUCACCAGCUUCACCACAGCGGCGGCCUUCUAUGCUAACUACGUCAGCAACAUCACCGCCAUCCGCUGCUUCGGCGUGUACGCCGGCACCGCUAUCUUGGUCAACUAUAUCCUCAUGGUGACGUGGCUGCCAGCGGUGGUGGUGCUACACGAGCGCUACCUGCUGAACCUCUUCCCCUGCUCGUCUAGGUCUCCUCACCACCAGCCCUGCAGCACGGCGGCCUUCUGGGUAGGCCUGUGCCAGCGGGCCAACAAGUGCUUCUUCACCGUGUCGGAGGCGUCCCGGAUCUUCUUUGAGAAGGUGCUGCCGUGCAUUGUCAUCAAGCUGCGCUACCUCUGGCUCUUCUGGUUCCUGGCCAUCACCAUCGGCGGGGCAUACGUGGUGUGCGUGAACCCCAAGAUGAAACUGCCCUCCCUGGAGCUCUCGGAGUUCCAGGUGUUCCGCUCCUCGCACCCGUUCGAGCGAUAUGACUCAGAGUACAAGAAGCUCUUCAUGUUCGAGCGAGUGCAAAACGGUGAGGACCUCCACAUGCCCAUCACCAUUGUCUGGGGCGUGAUGCCCGUGGACAAUGGCGACCCGCUGAACCCCAAGAACAAGGGCAAGCUUACCCUGGACACCACCUUCAACAUCUCCAGCCCCACCAACCAGGAGUGGAUCCUGCACUUCUGCCAGAAGCUCCGCAACCAGAGCUUCGUCUAUCAGCCGGAGGAGAAGGACUUCACCAGCUGCUUCAUGGACACCUUCAAGCAGUGGAUGGACAACCAGGACUGCGAGGAGGCGCCCGUCUACCCCUGCUGCAGCCAGUCCACCUUCCCCUACAAGCAGGAGGUCUUUGAGCUGUGCAUCAAGAGGGCCAUCAUGGAGCUGGACCGCAGCACCAUCUACCACCUGGACAGCAAGACUCCUGGCCCCAGGUUCGACAUCAACGACACCAUCAGGGCCAUGGUGCUGGAGUUCAAGAGCACCUACCUCUUCACCUUGGCCUACGAGAAGAUGCACCAGUUCUACCAUGAGGUGGACACCUGGAUCAAGGAGGAGCUGAAGAACGCCCCCAGCGGCCUCGACUCAGGCUGGCUGGUCAGCAACCUUGAGUUCUACGACCUGCAGGACAGCCUGUCCAAUGGGACCCUGGUGGCCAUGGCGCUGUCGGUGGUGGUGGCGUUCAGCGUCAUGCUGCUGACAACCUGGAACAUCAUCAUCAGCCUCUACGCCAUCAUCUCCAUCGCUGGCACCAUCUUCGUGACGGUGGGCUCGCUGGUGCUGCUGGGCUGGGAGCUGAAUGUGCUGGAGUCAGUCACCAUCUCGGUGGCGGUGGGGCUGUCGGUGGACUUCGCCGUGCAUUACGGUGUGGCGUACCGGCUCGCCCCGGAGCCCGACCGCGAGGGCAAAGUGAUCUUUUCCCUCAGCCGCAUGGGCUCGGCCAUCUUUAUGGCGGCACUCACCACCUUCGUGGCAGGCGCCAUGAUGAUGCCCUCCACUGUGCUGGCGUACACGCAGCUGGGCACCUUCCUCAUGCUCAUCAUGUGUGUCAGCUGGACCUUCGCCACUUUCUUUUUCCAGUGCAUGUGCCGCUGCAUGGGGCCUCAGGGCACCUGCGGCCAGAUCCCGCUGCCCAAGAAGCUCCAGUGCCAGGCCUACGCUGAGGGCUCUGGCGACAGCUCCUCAGCCGGUGGAAGUGGUGGACGCGGCCAGGGCAAGCACAGCCACAGUGGAGGGAAAUACCAGCUGGACUCCUCCCGUGCCACGGAGGUGGAGCAUGAACACUAUGAGCUGGAGCCCCUGGCGUCAAACGGCAGGAGCCAGGACAAGAGCCAGACCGAUGUGACCCCAGAAACCUCCCCUCGAUCACCGCUCUGUAAUGGGGGUCCAACUCGGCACUUGGCCAACCCUUGCAGCCCUCAUGUCGCCUUCACGAACGUGCCUGACGGUGGACGAGGCAUGGCCGUGGCAGCCACUCCGUGCCAGGGACCUGAGAAUGGCCUGGGGUCUCCAGGGAGGGAACUUCUACAACGAGGUAGCAGCCAGUACCCACAAGGCACCAACUGCUCUUGUGGCGACUACCCUACACAGCAACCUGCCAGCCCCCAGUGGACCCCCAGCCCCCACCACUGCUCAGGGGACCACCAGUGCCAAGUCCCUCAGUACAACCUUGCCGACCCCCACGGAGGAGCAGGGGUAGGGGUAGUACCUGUCCAAGGGGCAGGUGGGCAAACCUUCCUCCCCAGGCUGGAGGCCAUGUACCAACCUGUGGACUGCCGCAUGCAGCACUACAUGCACUGCCCGCCCUCGUCCCACUUCCACCACCCCUGCUCCCAGGUGCCCAGGGUGCCGCGUCCCGGCCCCAAUGGCUGCCACCUGAGGGGGUACUGCAUGCACCCCAUGCACCAUCACCAACAUCACCAACAGGUGAGGAACCUGCAGGAUUCAGUGGCAGCAGCAGCAGAGGAUCCACAACAUGCGCAGCAGCAGCAGUUGCAUCAGCCGGGAGGAGGGUUCGCAUGUGGUGGAAGCCCCCCGCCCAGCCUGGGCCCUCUCCCACUUACAACACCUUACCCUCUCCCCACCUUGGCUCAGAGUAGCCCCAUAGUGCACACGCACACGGGCUGCGCAGUGAGCCAUGAACUGCAGCGAUUUGGCAGGGGGAAGUCCCUCCACAGCGGGCUCUCGUGUCCUCCCUCAAAUGAGGCAUGCGGUCACGGGGCCGGUGGGGCCGGAGGAGCAAAGACACAAGUGUCUCCUGCUGCGCCUACAGAUACUUGCCAUAGGGCACAGGGUGACACUGCAAAGGUGACACUUGCCGAGACUCAGACUGCUGCUAUUGUGACGCAGGAGGCUGGUGUGAAAAAGUGCAAGCCAAAACACAGGGGGAGGAAAGAGGAGGCAGCCUCAGCAACGAGCCCGUCCCCCAAGAAACUGAACUGCUUCAACAGGACUUUGAAAGGAAAGUGCAAUUCUAUUGAGUUCAAUAAUAAACCAAAAGCGGAACGCACCAACGUGCCUGUCAUUGCCAUAAAUUCAAAACCCUCUGCAGAAAGUUUAUGCUGAUCAUAAAAAAUGAAAAUCAACAAUAAACUCUUUAAAUUAUCGUAACAGAAAAAAGUCAGUGAAAAAUGACCAUGUGCUGUGUUCCUCAACUAUUAAAUGAUUGAGGUUCCUCAGAAUGUAUUGCCUUUUGUGUGCGUGUGUGUAUUUGUGUACGCCUGUGUGUGUGUUUGUCAAUGUGUUUUUCUGUUAUUUAUGGGCUUUAUUUGCAUAAUGCCCUGUGUGCUGGGUGAUACUUUGUCAUUGCAUUUUGUCCAUUACCCUGAAUAGAUUUUACCUAAUAAAUUAUCCCAGUCUUUUA